UUAACCCAACUUUAUUUAACAACUAUCCAAUUAAGUGUUAAAUAUCAACAUUAUUGUAUGUAUUUAUGUUUAAUGUAUUAUUUUCUGAAUGGUGGUGAUAAUUUUUUAAUAAGAGCCUACAUAUAAUGGCGAACAGAACCGUAAAAGAUGCUAAAUCCAUUCAUGGAACUAAUCCUCAGUAUUUAGUUGAAAAAAUUAUACGUUCUCGUAUAUAUGAUUCCAAAUACUGGAAGGAAGAAUGUUUUGCCCUCACUGCGGAACUUCUAGUGGACAAAGCCAUGGAAUUACGUUUUGUUGGAGGUGUUUUUGGAGGUAAUAUAAAACCAACUCCAUUUUUAUGUUUGACUCUAAAAAUGCUGCAAAUACAGCCUGAAAAGGAUAUAGUAGUAGAGUUUAUAAAAAAUGAAGAAUUUAAAUAUGUUAGAGCUCUUGGUGCAUUUUAUAUGAGACUAACAGGUUCUUCCCUUGACUGUUAUAAAUAUUUAGAACCUCUGUAUAACGAUAAUAGAAAAUUACGCAGACAGAACCGUCAGGCUCAGUUUGAAUUAAUUCAUAUGGAUGAAUUCAUCGAUGAAUUGUUAAGAGAAGAGAGGGUGUGUGACGUUAUAUUGCCACGUGUUCAGAAACGUUUUGUUUUGGAAGAAAAUAAUGAGCUGGAAGCAAAGGUGUCAGCCUUAGAGGAUGACUUAGAUGAAGACAUAGAAAUGGAAGACGACACAAAAUAUGACUUAGAAGACGUAAAAAAAGAGAAAGAAAAAGAAAAGAGAGAGCGCAAGAGAGAUAGAAGUAAAUCUAGGGAAAGGCAACGAAGCAGAGAGAAAGAUAGGCAUAAAAAAGAUAAAGAUCGUGAUAGAGAAAGAGACAAGGAUCGAGAGAAGGACCGCGAUAAAGAUCGGGACAAAGAGAGAAGAGAUAAGGACAGAAGGGAGAAGGAUAGAGACAAGAGAGAUAAGAAGAGAGAUGAGGAUCGUAAGAGACGAUAAACGUUUGAAUUUUUUUUGUCAAGUUUUUUAUAAUUAAUUUUGCAGAAUAUAAAACUACCCGACA